GAGGGAAUGUGUGUAAGUGUUCCCGAAUAAGUCGGCGUGGUGAGUGCACCGUAUAAUCAAAACCCCAAUCCCCUCAACCCUGAAAACUGCCAUUGCCAACAACAACAAUAACAACGACCAUUAUCACCACUACCACUACAACCUCCCCCACUCUAAUCCCAAAACGUUUAGGUCACUAGAUACCACUCCUCCAUUUAGGAUCUAUUGCUCCACCAAAUCAUAUUCAACCAGUGCUUUCUAAUUCUUAUGCUAGGGUUUUAAUUUAAUUUAUUAUAUCUAAUAAUUAGAAAGGAAAAAAACAAAAGCAAUGUCUUCGUCUUCGGCGGCUGCCGCAAACAAUUCGCCGUGUGCGGCGUGCAAGAUUCAGCGUCGGAAGUGCACACAGGAGUGCGUGUUCGCGCCAUACUUCCCGCCGGACAACCCGCAGAGAUUUGCGUACGUUCAUAAGGUGUUCGGAGCAAGCAACGUGGCAAAACUCCUCAACGACCUGAACGCAGCUCAACGAGAGGAUGCAGUGAAGUCGCUGGCAUACGAGGCCGAGGCACGUCUCCGUGACCCCGUGUACGGUUGCGUAGGACUCAUUUCACUUCUCCAGCACAAGCUCAAACAACUCCAGGCUGAACUUAACCAUGCUAAGACGGAACUCGCAAACUACGUUGUCGUUAACAAUAAUAAUAACGGUUCACCUCACGCGCCUGUUCUCCCGCUCUUUAACAACCAACACCAUCAGCAACCUUCUCAACUGAAUCGUAACAACCUCUCACAUCACUCUCUGCAACCAUUUUCUGUUUCUGUUUCCCCUUUUCAGGAGGUUGUUAUGCAGCACCAGCAAGAGAUUUUGGGGUUUGAGAAUUAUAUGACGGUUGGUUCUUCUUCCGCUGCUUCUGCUGUCUCACCUUCGCUGGCUCUUGGACCGGUUGAUCACAGUUUUCAUCACCAUCAUCAUAAUCAUCACCAUAAUCUGCAGCAGCAGAUUCAGGCGCAUCAUCAAUCUUUUAUGUUUCAGAAGCAGGCAAAGUUCGAAGGCGAGGAGGGUAGGAAUAGCAGAAGGACCGGUCCUUGUUGCUGAUUUCAUAAUUGCAUUCUCCUUCAGUUCUAACAUUUGUCAACCUAGUCUCUUCUGAAGGCUGCAGCAGCAUCAUAGUUUUACAAGUUGGAGGAGCAAAGAAACUAUAAGGAGACACAAACUUGCUUGAAGAAAGUGGAGAGAACAGAUAGGGAUCUGAGGUAGUUACGUGAGAGUGAGACUGGCUAGUUUCUGGGUUUGAACUUUUUCUAAAUUAUUCUCAGGAUCGAAAUGAGAUGCAUUUUAGAAAGUUAGGAUCUGCAUCGAUAUUCGAGAUCAAGUUUUCUGAAUUGGAAAUGUAAAUCAAAACUUUACCUAGUAUUUAACACCUUACCCUUUUCUUUAAGUGUCAUCAUUAUUAUCAUUAUGUUAUGGUCGCGCUGGUUUUCAGGUAGUGAUAAUUAGUGAACAUGAUUGGAUAACAUUAUUCGAUC